AGCCAGAUCUCGAUCAUUUCUUCGCCAGCAAACCCUCUUCUGUUUGAUUGCCAUUGCCUCUUGCUUUUUGCUCCGGUGAAAAUUGCACUGGGGCAGACAAACCCAACUUUUGGUCGGAUUCUUGGAUGGUAAUCAUGAUCUGUGCCUCAGAUUUUCAAGAGCAACUUUAGUUCUUCUGGGGAAAAUGCCCAAAGAGAAGGACUCCUUUCGGGAGUAUGUAGAGUUCCUGCAGAACAACAAGUGGAAGUGUAACUUCUGCAACAAGGAGUAUGGCGGAAGCGUGACCAGGAUCAAGGCCCACUUAGCCGGAGUUGGAGGAUACGGGAUUCAUGGCUGCAACAUCGUCAAUAGCGAAGUGAGAUCAGAAGCCCAAAAAGCGUUAAAGGGUAAAGGACCAGUGGAGUCGAGGAACGGACCAGAAGGCAAUGCCUUGGGGUCAUCGCACCCUCGUUUUAUCAGUUCUAGCAUUACACAGGGUCCACAUCAGCCCGUGAAUGUAAGCGAUGAAGAUGCUUGCAGAGAGACUUCAUUCACUGCCAUGCCGAACCCGAGCUUUGAUGUCAUAAGCGCUGUAGGUAUAGGUUCAUCGGCCUCCAUUCCAUUGCACGAGACGAAUGUGCCCAGUCAGUCUCUUCUUGCUCAAAACAUGAUCUCGCAGAGGGACUUUUCAUCCUAUACACAACACCCUCAAUCUCAAGUUGGUUAUUCUAUUCCGCCGUGGAAUUUGAGUUAUCCCAGCAGUAGCAGAGACCUCGCAUCCGAAGCUUUGAUUAACAUGCCUGGCCCAGUAAAUGCUGAAGAUGGAGAACCCAAUACAGAGGUUCCACAAGAUGUGAGGACAGACGAUGCACUCGUGGAUAAUCGACCAAGUAGUUGUGGGCUUGUCGACCAGAAUACGCCAGCUUUGAAAAGAAAGCUGGAAGAACUAAGCAAUCGAGAAGCAGACAUGGAUGAUUUGGAGGCAUGGUGUAGGAAAGCAGAAAGGAUAAAAGGAGAAUAUUGGAGUAUGGUCCAGGCAUACCGAGAAGGCAGAUCUCUUGCUCCCCAGCAGAUAAAAAGAGUGGAUGACUUUAACAAAGAAGUUGAAGAUAUUCUAGGCCAUUUUAGUUUCCGGAAAGGGUCAACGACACAUGCUGCUGGAUGUAGGAAAAGUUCACCCUUGGUAACAACAGAGCUAGUAGGUAAAAAAAGUAAGAAGACAAUCGAACAGAUUUGUGCCUAUUUAAUGAAGGAUGAGAUUUUCAUCAUUGGCAUUUGUGGAAUGAGGGGGAUUGGCAAGACAGCCAUUUUAGUGCAUGUCCAUAAUAGAAUACUUGAGAGUCCUGCCUUCAAUGAUGUAUUCUGGAUUACUGUACCUCAUAAGUUUAGUGUGUACAAACUACAAGACGAGAUUGCCAAUGCAGUCGGACUAGAAAAUCUCUCAAAAGAUAAGGAUGUGAAGAGGAGGGCAUACAUAUUGAAGAGGCAUCUGAAGGACAAGAGAGCUGUCUUAAUUUUGGAUGACCUGUGGAUGCACUUCAAGAUUGAGGAUGUGGGAAUUCCAUUUGAAAAAGGUGCCCUUAAGUUGGUACUAACAACUCCAUCACUAGAUGUGUGUCAUAAGAUGCUCUGCCAAAAGCAUAUAAAAAUAGAUCUUCUAAAUUUGUCAAAUACAUGGAGCUUAUUUAAAAAGAAGCUUUGUUUUGGGCGAGAACUUCCUUCCGAAAUUAAAGAGAUUGCUCGGUCCAUUUUGAAUAAGUGUGAGGGUUUGCCACUUGGGAUCAUUGAGAUUGCAACUUGCAUGAGGGGGAUAGGGGAAGUGCACGAAUGGAAAGGCAUGUUGUGGAAAUUGACAAACUUGAAGGUGGAACUUGAUGUUUUCAAGAGGUUGAAACUCAGUUACAAAAAUUUGGGUGAUUCUCAAGUGCAACAAUGUUUAUUGCAUUUAAUAUUUUGUUUUGAAUUUCGAGGAUUUGAUCAAGAUGAUACAAAGUUGAUAGAGUCAUUCAUAGAUGAGGGUUUGCUAGGUGGAAUUUGCACCCGCCAAGAAUUGCAUGACCAGGGUUACACCAUAUUGGAUAAAUUAAGAAAGGGUUGCCUAUGGGAUCAUACAAUAGAAGAAGAAGAAGAAGAAUAAGAAGAAGAAGAAG